UUGAGCGGGCGCGUGGACAGUUGCUUUAGUCUCACUUGGCCACCGCUCUGCCCGAGGAGGUGCAGGCACCUACGCUUUCCAGUGAGAAAACCCAGGCUCAUCGCCGCUUCACGGAGCUACGUAAGGGCUGAGUUGGGACUGAGCCCGGCUGUCUGACCCCAAUCCUUGCUGCUUACUCUCCCUCACCCAGCGGCGAGGAGGGGACCUGUGACUCCACGCCCACCACAAAGCAGACGUGUCCCCAGUUCCGAGGGAGGCGGUGCACGCGAGAAGGACCCCGGGGGAGAGAUCCGCGCGCGCGGUGGGGGUGGGGAAGCGCAGUGACCGCUUCCCGGCCGAGCGACCCGCCGGGAUCUUCCGGACGCACGGAGCCCGGCCUUCUCGCCGGCGCCCGCACUGAUUGGCGCUCGCGGCCGGCCUCCGCUCGCUCACCUGCCCCGCCCAGCCAAUCGGGGCCCCCGGAAUCGGGGCUGUCCUCGGGGGGUGUGUGUGCGGGGAGGGGGCUGAUGCUGCCUGCGGGAGGCUGAGCGCUCUUCCCGCCGAGCUCCCGUCGGGCCCGCCCCCACCGGAGCGCAAGUCGCCGGCUGCGCGCCCCGCACCCUGGGCCCCCUCGGCGCUGCGCUCCCGGCCCGCGCGCUUUCAUGCGGCAGCUCCGACCCGGCGACUCCCCGUGUCCGCUGCCUGGGACGCGCCCCGACGGCGCCCGGAGCGGCCUGCCGACGCCGCCUCCCCCAGCGCCCGCCGCGCGCGCCCGCCCUGGUCUGGAGCGCAGCGUCCCUGCCGGCCCGGGGAGUGGGUGGGCCGGGCCGGGGGCAGCCCCGCUGAGGCAGGAUGUUCACUUCCAAGUCCAACUCGGUGUCGCCCUCGCCGUCCCUGGAGCAGGCUGACUCGGACGCGCUGGACAUCAGCACCAAAGUGCAGCUGUACGGCGUGCUGUGGAAGCGGCCCUUCGGGCGGCCGUCCGCCAAGUGGUCCCGGCGGUUUUUCAUCAUCAAAGAGAGCUUUCUUCUUUACUACUCUGAAAGUGAAAAAAAGAGCUUUGAAACCAAUAAACACUUCAAUAUACAUCCUAAGGGCGUCAUCCCUCUCGGGGGCUGCCUAGUGGAGGCCAAGGAAGAGCCCAGCAUGCCCUAUGCCAUGAAAAUCUCCCACCAGGACUUCCAUGUGCACCGUGGCCCCUCUUCCUGGCAGGGGAACAUCUUGCUGGCAGCGGAGUCUGAGUUUGAACAGGCGCAGUGGCUGGAGAUGCUGCAGGAGUCGGGGAAGGUGACUUGGAAGAACGCCCAGCUGGGAGAGGCCAUGAUCAAGAGCCUGGAGGCCCAGGGGCUGCAGUUGGCCAAGGAGAAGCAGGAGUAUUUAGACAAACUGAUGGAAGAGACGGAGGAACUCUGCCUGCAGAGGGAGCAGAGAGAGGAGCUCGAGCGCCUUAACCAGGUGCUGGAGGCUGAGAAGCAGCAGUUUGAGGAGGUGGUGCAGGAGCUGAGAAUGGAGCAGGAGCAGAUCAAGAGGGAGCUAGAACUGACUGCAAGAUGCCUCAAGGGUGUGGAGCAAGAGAAGAAGGAGCUGAGGCACUUCACAGAGUCCUUGCAGCAGACGCUGGAGGAGCUCUCCAUAGAGAAGAAGAAAACCCUGGAAAUGCUGGAGGAGAAUGAGAACCAACUGGAGACACUGGCCAAUCAGAGCGAGCAGCCCUCUCCCAGUGGGGGUCUCCAUAGCAACCUGAGGCAGAUCGAGGGGAAGAUGCAGCAGCUCUGGGAAGAGAAGCUCCUGGCAGAGAAGCGGAUGAAGGAGAACGAGGAGCGUUCACGGGCCCUGGAGGAGGAGCGUGAGUUCUACUCCAGCCAGUCCCAGGCGCUGCAGAACUCGCUGCAGGAGCUGACAGCACAGAAGCAGCAGGCCGAGCAGGAGCUCAAGGCCGAGGUGAAGGUCCGUAUGGACCUGGAGAGACGUCUGCGGGAGGCCGAGGCGGCCUUGAGGAGCCUGGAACAAGGACUCAACUCCAGGGUGCGGAACAAGGAGAAGGAGGAGAGGAUGCGGGCCGACGUGAGCCAUCUGAAAAGGUUCUUCGAGGAGUGCAUCCGGAACGCCGAGCUGGAGGCCAAGAUGCCGGUCAUCAUGAAGAACUCCGUGUACAUCCACAAGGCGGCCACGCGCCGCAUCAAGAGCUGCCGUUUCCACCGGCGCCGGUCCAGCACCACCUGGAAUGACAUGAAGCCGUCCCAGUCCUUCAUGACCUCCCAGCUGGAAGCCAACAACAUAGAGGAGCUGAAGGAGGUGGCCAAGCGGCUGAGCCGAGACCAGCGCUUCCGGGAAUCCAUCUACCACAUCAUGGUGACGCAGCCCGGACCAUCCUCAGCGCUUCCUCCUCCUCGGGGUGGAAAGUGAUGGCUUUCCUCCCCGCCUCCCGGGUCUUUCCUGGGUGGGGCUGGGAAGACUGCAGGGGGAGGCUGACUACCUGGCUUCUCUCAGCUCUCCUCCGGGCCUGCACCUCACCCUCAGAGGACAGGGAUGCCACCUCCCUUACCCUCCCUACCCCAGACCCUGCCCUUGGGUCUAUGCCAGGCCUGUGCAGGCCCCAGCUGGGUGAUGCCCGGUUGUCAGGAUGAGGCCAGAAAGAGGCCUGGUUGCAUGUGGAGGCUGUUUUCUCGGUUGGGGAGUGAGGUGGGCAGGCCCACAGCUCUCUGUCGUGCCCACUCUACCUCUCUGCGACUCGCCACCUGCCGGUCCUGGUGUGUGAAGGCCUCCCCUCCCCACCUUGACCUUUGCUUCCCGGGGGGCUUCCUAACUCUCUCUGCUUCAGCGACCCACAGACAUCCCUCAGUCGAGGGCCCUAGCGUUGACCACAUUGUGAGGCAGGAAGAAAGACCUAGUGCAGCAGCUCUGGGUGCAUGGCACACUCCACCCCACAGUGUCACCUUUCCUGAGGUUGGGCCCUGGCUGUGGGAUCACCCGCUCACUCCUCUCCUCAGGCAAGCUCACCCAUCUACAGCCUCAGACCCAUGAGGGUAAUGCACCCCUCACCUCCCCCCUGCAUCCCGCCUGCUUAGGUACGUAGGGCUCUGGGCCCUGGCUGGGAGCUGGGGCAGCAGGGACACUGAGAACUCUCCCAGAGGAUGCAGGGCAAGUCAGGGAGUGGAUGAAGGCGGCCCUGGCUCCUUCACUAUCUUCUCUUGAUUGAACAGGGAGGCAGCUCCCUCUGGCUACGGCGGCCCUGCUGGUCCGUGGGGUCACAGACCACUCCCUCCAGCUGACCCUGCUUUGGUGGCCUUACUCCACCUCUCCCUGCAGAGGCUUUACCCGGUGAAGCAGUGUGACCAUGAACCCUGGAAGAUGGGGGCCUGGGCCUGUGAAAUGGCCAGUAGCCAUUGGUUGGCCCUGAGUCAUCAGGGGUGAAGCUGAAACAUCCAUCGCAGCUUCUGUGGAAAACCACUACCCUCCAUGAGGCUGAGGCUGUGUGUGUCCCUCACCCAUGGACAGUCUACCCAGCUCUUCUCCCUCUAGGCCACCCUCCAAAGCUUCCUGAGUCUGUUGGUCUCUCCAGAAAGGGGUCUCUGUGGGAUCGGGGUGCUCAGGGACACUGGUGGUAUGAAAGGUGCUGAUUCUCUGCCUCUUGGAAAACCGAGUGAGGAGCCCAGUCUGAGAGAUAGACAGAUGGCUGCAGGGGAAGUCCCGUGAGGCGCAGGUCCCUGGGGAAGAGGAGUGUUGCUGGCUCCUGUCCACUGCUCUGUGCUCAGACCUGCCUGGUGAAACUAACCUCAGUGGUCCCUCCUCAGGGGCGGGUGGACUUUGAUGGCUUCAGCCAGUCUCUUCGGAGUUUAGGGGGGAGGCUUCAGAAUCAAUGCAUCUAAAUAAAUCGGAGUCUAAAUGUAAAAUCUUUAAACAUGUAGAAAGCUGCAUAAACCUGCAAAUAACUUAUCUAUUAUGUAUGUAGGAUGGACUUUGAAAUGAGGGGGAAGGUUGAUAAAGCAAGAUUACUGUUUUGUUUUUUUUGUUUCUUUGUUUUUAAAGAAUUAGAUUAAUAAUGAUUUGCUCUUGGAGAAAGAUCUUUUGGAAACUUUCAAAUGAUUUCCCCCUGUCCCUCCAGGCAAAUUAUUAACCAGAAAGGAAAAUGUUUUUCCAUGCACAUUCAGCAAUCCCUAGUUUCUUUCCUUCUGUUUCAUCCUGUACUUAACCGUGCCUCAGGCAAACCUUGGUUCUCGUGAACCAACUGGUCAAUUCGUAAGUAUUUAUUUGUUAAAAAGUCACUAUGUACCUAGCACUGUAAAUAGAAAAAGAGCAAAAUACUAUAUGAAAAUAUGCAAAGGUGGAAAUUGCUUACUGGAAAUAUAUUGAUUUUUUUUUUUUUUUUAAACAAAACCCCUUAUUCCUUGGCCCAUUAAAUGUUUCCUGCAGCAUUGCUUGUGGUUGGUCAUUGCUGAAGAGAUGUUGCCACCUGCAGGCCAAGUGUUGAAUUACAGAAAUGCUGGCUUGUACUCGGACAUGCACCCAAGUUUCUGGGCAUAUGAGGAAGUACUCCCAGCUGCUGCACCUCCUAGGAGUGGCUUCCAAAUAAUUAACUGAAAAAUAUGUUCCCGCCUGAGGUCCGGGAUGUCCCCAUGUAACAAGGGCUAUCAGCUGGGUGUCCUGAUUUGAGCGCAGACCACGCUUUGGUGUUGUAAUCAUGUAAGGAAGAGCAAGAAACAGUAACGACUGGUUUCUCCUAUGUGGCUUAUUUCCGGAUGCAAUAGAUGAUCUGUCAGCGUGCCGGGACUGUCUUGGUUUGUGCUGUGUCUCAGGAAAUUAAGAACGGCUCCCCCGUUUGCUAUCCUAAGUGUUCCAGUUUGGAUGAGAGUUCCGUGGUCACCUGCUUUUCCCCAGUGGCAUGUUAAUGGGUGAAGCAUGAGACCUGUAAAAUACGGGGUUCUGCCCCUGGGAAGGGUCCACUGUCUGUACUUGUCUCUGGAGGAUGUAAUUCUUGCCCCCCCCCAUCCUAUCCCACCCACCUCCACAGGACCUGGGCAGCCUGUGGGUGCUCAGAUACCAUCCACUUGAAAUUUGGAGCCCCUCACGAAAGAGGAGGAACAGAAGCUUGCUCAAGUCUCUGGGUGUGUCGGAUUUGGUGUAACUAGAAGGUAGUUCUUCAAACCCACCAGAUGAGGGGGCUGCUCUAGAGCCCUCAGAUAAAGGCCAGCAGCCCCUGGUGAACCUUAUGCUUCUGUGAUGAGCCAGAAUGGUGCUGUUCAGACCCCUGAGCCACUGCAAGGGUUCCCCAAAGUGAGAAACCCUGCAGGUUUGACAGGGUGGGUGGGGGAAGCUGCUGACUUCUCUUAUCUCGCCCCACCCCUGGGGAUGAGGGGGAAGGAAUCUCCUUUGCAAGGCGUUGGGAGAAGAUACGGUGUUCUUGACACAUGGAAACAGACCCACUCCCAGACAUCUAAAGCAACUGGUUAUUCAAACUGCCUAGCAGGUGUGGAUAGGUGUGAUGUAAUGUUUCAGAUUCAGUUCCUGGCUCUUUGCACAUCCCUUCUCCCCUUCCCUUCCCUAGACUUGGGCUUCCACUCAUGAGCUCCCCUCUGGGUUAGACGUGCUCAGGGGCAGUCCAGGAAGCACUCCAAGCCCAGGAAUCCUAGGGGUUGUGGGUCAAUAAACUAGAUCCCCUUGGGGUGAAUUCUCCCUGCACUGUCACUACGCGUCCGCUACAGUCUGGUAUUCUGUGUCCCUCUGGCUCUACCUCUGGGUGGGACUGGACAGUCAGGCAAUCAGGUGGGGAAGUUGGAGGGAGACAGGGCUGCUCAAAGGCUGAACUUCAGGGCCCCCUCAGGGCCUCCAGGCGAUACCCAGGCAGUAGCAGAGCCAGCUGGGGUGCCUUCGGGGCUCCUGCUCUCUUUGUACUCUGCCUUACUUCCCCUGGAGGAUCUGACACCUGCCUCAGGGCUGAGCCCGGUUGUGAACAGACUCAACUGCCCUCUUAUCUUAUGGCUGAUGGGCCUCAAAGGUCACUGACCACAAGGAGAAACUCCUCUUGCAGAGCAGUGACCUUGUCCACUAGCAGCUGAGGGGAGGAAGCUGCCACGCUCUGCCUGCUGCUGUGGGAGUGGAAG